CCGCCACGAAAACCAACAGUAUUAAGAAGAACUUCAUCUUGAAUCCGUGAAGACUCUCACAGAAGGUGUUCUUUUGAAUGGGCUCGACACAUUUAUACAGGGUCAGAGAGAACUUCUAAUAUGGCGAACUUAUCAGACAUUGACCAAUCACAGCUAUGCUACUUGGCUGAGUUUUCUGAGCAGGCGCAGUACAAAUACUACAAGGUAACGAGCAUCGCUACAGUAACGCUGAACGCGCUAAGUGCAUUGUGGAUCCUCUCUGGUAAUGCAAGUAUCAUCUUCGCCGUCUUGAAGAUUCCACAGCUUCAGCAACCUCCGACACUACUACUUCUGAGUCUAAUAGUCAACGAUUUCCUUAUGGGAUGCGUGCUUCAACCCUUAUCAAUAACACGCUCGCUAAAAUGGCUCCUUGCGGAUAAUUUCUGUCUUAAGCUAACUUUGGAUAAGGCGCGUCAAUUCUUUAUCUACCUUUGCCGUUGCAAUUCGCUUCUGAGUCUUCUGUGCUUGAGCGUGGAUCGCCUCAUCGCGGUCUCAGUGCCUAAUAGAUACCGCCUGAUUGUUAGCAAGGCGCGCGCGGUCAUGAUUAUUGGUGUGGUGUGGAGUGUGAGUUUGAUUCUGACAGCUAUCGUCCAGUUUGCGCUCGACAAGCAAGGACAAGAUACGAUGAAAUCAGUACCGUUUGGCAUGAUGGGGAUAGCAAUUGUUGCAUUCCAGGUAAUGGUUAUCGUCACUCUUCACAGAAAACGCCAGAUUAAACCAACCGAGCUGACUGAAGAGGAAAUAAGCCAAUCACGAAGCCGCGUCAAGUACGAGCGAAAAGCCGCCAUUACGCUUAUCUGGAUCUUGCUCGCUUUCCUCGUCAGUUACCUGCCAGUCAUUGUCAUAUUCAUCAUCAGGGCGUGGAAUGGGCGGGACUAUCUUAGGCUGACGACGCAGUGGUUGGAAUUUGUUCUUUACAUGAAUUGCGCAGUUAACCCCGUGAUCUACUUCCACAGGCAUACCAACAUUAGACAGGAGGUCUAUGCACUUUUGCGCUCCCCGCGCCUACAAAAUAACCCUGAAGAAUCUGCAUAAGCAAGCGGACACCAGGCGCGUACCCAGGGUUGGCUGAGGGGGGUGUGCAGUCAGAGAUAUCAUAUAGAAAAAGGAUAGUAUUUGAUCCUUCAAUAAGGGGGAACGUUGGGGGGGGGGGGGGGGUCUAAUUACCGCAAUACCGCACACAAUUUUCGAAAAUACCGCAAUACAGCACAAAAAUACCGGAAAUAUCGCAUACCGCACAGAAGGGCGAGGUUUUGAAGAGCAUGCACGACACCCCGGUAUUCCCCAGGUUUCCCGCUAGAUCAUCCCGUACUACGGGUAAACCGCGCACCGCAACAUUUCAAUUUUUACCACAAUACCGCCGUUUAAAUAUGAAAAUUCCGCACCACCGCAUGUUUUUUUUUGCUCUUUCCCCUCAUCGUACAAAAAAGGCCAAUACCACAAUAAAAAAAAAAAAAAGAUAUGACCCACUUAUGAAGGCCAAGGGGGCUAGAGGGUUGGGAGGAGGAGGAUUUGUACGCACCUUUAUUCGCAUCCUUUGCAUUAUUCGCAUCCUUCGCAUCCUUUGCACGCAAGGGAAAAGAAAGAGGGAAAGUGAUGCGGAGUGCACUCGGGGAGACUGAGACGAGGUGAGCGCGACGCGAGGGUGCGCACAAGGUCUAUAACUAGGCAAUUUGAGUAACUACGACUGCGACGGCUGGGAAAAAGUGUUCGAAGAAAAAUCUUUUAUGCCAAACAAUUAUAAACUAGAUUCGAUCAAAAUGACUCGCUUGUAUCGUCCAAAAAAAGCAUAGACAAGCCUAGAACCUUAUCUCUACCUUAGCGAACAAGGAUAAGUCUGGUUUUCAGCACACACGUUCCCGUCCUCGCUAAACGACUGAAAUGUAUCAGACAGAACCAUUUCAGAGUGCAUUUCACGAUUGGCUCUUUUGAAUUUUCCAUUGUCUUCUGCCGUCGCAACGACGACGGUGACGGCAGGGAGAACGUGACCAAAAAUGCUUUUAUGCUUCGCACUAUUGGGGAAUCAACGCGUAAAGACGACGGCAGAAAAAAAAACAUCGGGUCAGACAUGAAAUAUACCUGAAAUGGACUAUGCUUGAUAAAUCUCAGCCGUUGUCCUCCAAGCAUUGACAUGUAAACUCAAGUUCAACUUCAAGUAUAAAAACGAGUUAAUUAUAUUAAAACUAGUUGAAUUGAGUACUAAGUACUGAAAGUAUCAAUUUUUUUUGUCUCUUUAUCCUUCCUGUUGCCGUCGUCGUUUGCGUUAGGCGCCAUUGCCUAUUCUCUCUCCAGGCACGCACGGUCAGAUAUUUCUUUUCCCAGCCCUUUGCACUUAUUACGCAGAAAUGUCACCAUUUCUACUGCUUGUAUGGUUGUGGUUGAGGCUGUUGUUGUUGUUAUCAUGGUGGUCAUUGUUGUUGUUGUUGUUGUUGUUAUCAUGGUGGUCAUUGUUGUUGUUGUUGUUAUCAUGGUGGUCAUUGUUGUUGUUGUUGUUCUCCCUUGAGUACCGCCUAACCGUUUUAUCAUCCUCUCCUGCUUUACCAUCAUGACAACAAUCACUUCCUUGCUCUUUUAAAUCCACAAUCGAAUCAAACUGAGUUAUGUAAUAGAUUCAAGUCUUUCUUGC